AUGAUAUCAACGCACAAGCUUCGUAUCUUGCGCCUCCACGGAUCCCGUACGAACGUGAAGGUGAUGCAAGACCAAACGCGAGCUCUAUGUCGCGUCAUGGCUCCAUAUGCGGAAUUCGUGUUCGCCACUGCUCCGUUUGAGGUCCGGGGACCCUCCGAUGAGAUCAUCGAGCGCCUUUACCAGGACCACGCACCGUUCUACGAGUGGGGCCACAUCAACAAGCUGGAACCUGAGGGUAGCGACAACGGAUGGUAUCACCAGUACGUUGGAUUCGAUCGCGUCGUGGAGCACAUCGACAAACAGAUACAAGAUCACGGUCCCUUCGACGCUGUCAUUGGGUUUUCGCAAGGUGCGCAACGAGCGCUAUGCCUUAUUUGCUCAGGCACUCGAGUACGCGACGUUGGCUUGCGUCCGCUCUUCGAGCACCCGGAUGGCAGGCCCAACCGCGUACCGAUCCCCUCGAUUCACCUCAUCGGCAAGAAGGACCAGCACUACAACACUUGCCGUGAACACGCCGAUCUGUACGCUGACGAUGCACCAGGAUCGACAUUGAGCAAGUUCGUGUUCGAGCAUGAGGGCGGACACCGCUUCCCGUCGGAAGCUCGCCACCCAAAGCUCUAUGGAAAAAUCUCCGACAUGAUUCGAAAGCACUGUGAGCAGUGA